CGACGCAGGUACUGGCAGCACUGCUGACACUGCUCUAGCUUUUGUAUUUCGAAAUUCGAAUAAUAAAUUUUAAUAUAAUACUGAAAGUCUACCCCAUAAUGUAGAUAACAAUGUGUUUUUAUUUAGAAACAAACAAUUUAACCGAAUGGUUGCAUAAUCCAUAGUUGCUUUUCAGUGGGAGACAUUGCUUUAGUUAUUAGUCUGAGAGACAUUAUUUUAUAUGGAAUAAGUAACAUGCAUCGUAUAGCACUGUGAAUAUGGCUUUGAAUAUCAAAGAUCUGUGUAGAUUAUGCGCAAAAAAGGAAGAUUUUACUAAAGACCUAUUCGACGCAAAUAACUCAAGUGCUUUAAAAUUGAUAAAGGAUCUUAUCCAGAUAGCUAUAAGUGAAAAUGAUGAGCUACCAACAAAAGUGUGUAUUAACUGUGAAGAAAAAAUGGUUUCUUUUCAAUUAUUUAUUCUUGAAUGCUAUAAAGCACAGGACAACUUAAAUAAAAUAUAUUUAGAGAGUAAUGAAGGCUUAAGAGUAAAACCUGAAGCAGAUGAUUACGGCAGUGGUUAUAUAAAAUCUGAGGUGAAAGAUGAACUAUUGGCUGAAGAUAUUGCUUUGAGCGUAAUGAGUGAUGUUGAUAAAAGCAUGAUUAUACAUGAUGAAUUUCAUGAUUAUGAUAAUAAUGAUUGUGGUAAUAGUGAAGACGAUGAAAAUGAUGAUGACUAUAUCACACUUGCUGCACUUAAAAAAGUUAAAAAUGAUGAACAGCCAGAUAAAACAGAGAAAAGAAGAUACAAUAAGAAGAAAAGUAAUUCUUUCAAAGAUUCUGAAGUAGUAGAAAAAGUUCUCCAAAAAUCUGAUUUGAAAGUAAAAGAUUUUGUCAAAUUGCAAUGUGAUAUUUGUGAACUGAAAGUGAAAUCAUGGAGUGAGUUGCGAGUACAUUACUAUAAAACACAUAGAAGUAAACCAUCAGUUAACUGCAUAUGUGGUUUUGUCAUUAGAUCUAAGAGUGUCCUUUACAAGCAUGUUUCCGACCACAAGAUAAGAAACCGGAAGUCUAAGGACAAUGGACAGACAAAUGAUGCCAAAUGUGAAGUAGACUCCAAGUACUCCAGCUUGAAAAUAAAGGACUUUGUCACGUUUACUUGUACUGUUUGCCAAAGGAAGUAUUCCAGUUGGUACAGUCUCAAGGCUCACACUGAAACUUCCCACAAGAUAGCACCCGUAGUCCAAUGUGUUUGUGGUAUAACACUUAAGUCUAAAUCUGUUCUCUAUAAACAUAUUCAAGACCACAAAAAUCCAAAUAUGCUAUGCUGUGAUAAAUGUCCCAGAAUAACGAAAACAAUUGAAGCAUUAAACAAACACAAAAUGAGGCAUGUACCAAAAUCGGAAAGACAAUUUGUUUGCACCACUUGUGACAAAAUAUUUAUUACGAAAGAUGCAUUGAAAUCACACGAAAGAUCGCACAUUCCAAUUGAAGAAAGGAAAAUAUACCAUUGUGACGUUUGUAACCUGAAAUUCACAACGCGAUCGUCGGCAGCCUCACACAAGAGAGUGGUGCACGACAAGAUCAAAAGUUAUGUGUGCGAUCUGUGCGGAUACGCGUGUGGUACAAACGGGGAACUACGUCAGCACCGCGCGAUACACAGCGACGACAAGCCCUUCGUAUGCAAGACUUGCUCCAAGCCUUUCAAAACUCAUUCUAAUCUUAAAACGCACAUGGACACGCAUGAAGACACGUCGUAUCAGUGCUACGUUUGUAACCGCGUGCUGAACAGCCGGCGCACGCUUCGGAAACACUUGUUAGUCCACGAGGAAAAGUGCAGGCACGUUUGCUCUUUCUGCCACAAGGCGUUUAAGAGACGCCAGACGCUCAAAGUGCAUUUAUACACUCACACCGGCGACAAACCGCUCACAUGCAAAUGGUGUGACGAGCGAUUCGCUUACGCGUCGACGCUCCGCUCGCAUCGCUUGCGCUGUCAUCCGGACAAGAUGGCGGCGCAAGCGCACAACAAUUCACACACGACAUACUUCCACGUGCCAGUGCCUGAUGCAGUGACGAUGCCAUUACCGCGGGAAGACCAGGAGGAGUACAUCAAAAACGAUCUCACGGCCAUUUCUGUAAAUAUUGCGAAAAACGAGGUGGAGGCUAUGCAGAAUUAGGAUUUGUGAUAAACAUAGUUGCACUGUUUCUAAUUCUUUCGGCACUUUUACACUUUAUCAUGAGUAAUAUUAUUACAAUUGACAAUUGUAAUUUUAAGAAAUAGGCAGCUACCUGAAUAUAUUGUUUCUUUUUUAUUACUCGCUU